AUGGCUUCCUCCACCUCCAAUAUUCUGAUACUUUUUUUUCUCCUCUCUGCACUCAGCUUGUCAAGAACAUGGGCUCUCAACUCUUCUUCUUCUUCUUCUUCUUCCACAACUUCUCAGGAAUUUUCUUAUAUAAAAUCUAUCUGCAAAACCACACCAUAUUCAGAUAUCUGCCUUGACACAUUGGAACUCGCUAUCAAAGAUAUACCAAAUGAUAGCAGUCCAAACAACACCGCCUACUACAUCGUUUUCACCCUCAAAACCGCAAUAAACGCGUCUGAAAAGCUUUCCAUUGUGCUAUCUGAGGCCAAAGACCCAAAAAAUGUCAUAGAAAAACAAAGAGGAACCAUCCAGGACUGCACGGAACUCAACCAAAUCACCUUGUCUUCUUUACAAAGAUCAGUGUCCCGAAUCAAUGAUGCACAAGUAGCCGAUGCAAGAGUUUACCUUAGCGCAGCACUCACCAACAAGAUCACAUGCUUGGAAUCCCUCGAUUCAGCUUCAGGUCCUUUGAAGCCAGCCCUGCUGAAAUCCAUAAAUGACACUUACAAGCAUGUAAGUAAUUCUCUUUCAAUUCUGUCUAGCCAAAAAGGCCAAAAUAGUAGCCAAGACGGCCUAAAUAAUAGGCACCUCAUGGACGUGGAUGUUCCAACAUGGAUUUCAAAGAAAUUAGAUAGUCGGACUCGGAUAUUGGAGGGAAUAUAUAUCCAUACCAUAGUGCUGACUGUGGCUGCUGAUGGAACCGGAAACUUCACCACCAUCACUGAUGCUAUCAACUUUGCUCCAAACAAUAGCAAUGAUAUUCAAACACGUAUCUACGUGAAACAAGGGCUUUAUGAGGAAAAUGUGGUAAUCCAAAGUUACAAGCGAAACAUUUUUAUGCAUGGAGACGGAACUGAUUUCACUAUCAUUACUGGUAAUAGAAGCAAGGUCGAUGGCUGGACCACUUUCAGCUCUGCAACUCUUGCGGUGUCUGGCGAAAACUUUUGGGCACAAGACAUAAAAAUCGAGAACAAGGCUGGAGCAAAGAAACAAGAAGCAGUUUCCUUGAGAGUAAAUGCGGACUUUGUUGCAUUUUAUAGGUGCUCCAUCAUUGGUUACAAGAAUACAUUGCAUGUCCAUUCCUUUCGUCAAUUCUACCGAGAUUGUGACAUACUGGGCACCAUAGAUUUCAUAUUUGGGAACGCAGCAAUUGUAUUUCAAUCGUGUGACAUUGUUACAAGAAUGCCAAUGGCUGGCCAAUUCACAGUUAUCACAGCACAAUCUCGUGAUAGCUCAGAUGAGAACACUGGAAUCUCCAUUCAAAAUUGUUCAAUUGUCGCUACAAAUGAUUUUUACUCUAAUUCUGUUCGUGUGAAAAGCUACCUAGGAAGGCCAGGGGGGGCAUACUCUCAGACAGUCUACCUAGAAUCAUACAUUGGCGACUUUAUUGACCCAACCGGAUGGAUGCAAUUGUCCAUUGAUGAUGAUGAUGAUGAUCAAAGCUUAGACACUUUGUAUUUUGGGGAGUAUGAUAAUCAUGGACCUGGCUCAUCAACGGAUUAUAGAGUUACUUGGCCUGGGUAUCAUGUAAUGGAUAUUAUUGAUGCACUUAAUUUCACAGUUGUAGAGUUCAUUACUGGUGCUGAUUGGUUGGGUUUCACUCCAUUUCCUUGCGAUUAUUCAGUUAUAAAUUGA